UGGAUACACAAUGUAUCUUGAUAUUGUGUGUGCCAUAUAACAACGACGACGACGAGGAUAACUACGUGUUUGUUAAUCGUGAAUAAUGGUGUUGAUUAUGGUGAUGUUAAAAUGACCUGUAGGUGUUUUUGUGUUUAGAUUCUUUUUCUCUCUCUAUAGUUCUGUGUGUGCGUUUUGACGAGAGAGAGAGAAUCCCAGUGAUUCAUUAUUCUUUAUGGUGUUUUUCAGUGUUUGCUUCAAGUGUUCAUCCAAUUCUGAUAAUUAUCAAAUCAAUCCUCAUCCUCAUCAUCAACAGCAACAGCAUCAACAAAAAAAUCAUCCAAAAUGAGUAAAUAUCUGUCACCAACAACAACAACAACAUUAACUUUUUCAUCACUUUUAUUCUAUACAUCACUUAUUACAUUAAUAGUUGAUGUAAUGUCAGCUAGAUUACCAGAUAUUUAUUGGAAUUCAACAAAUCCAAUAUUUCGUAUCGAUAAUACUGAUCAUAUAAUCGAUGUAAAUCGUGGUAAUGCUGCAUUCGAAUAUGAUCAAAUUAAUAUUAUUUGUCCAAUGUAUUCAAAAGGAACAAGAGAAGAUGAUAUUGAAACAUAUAUCAUUUAUAAUGUUUCCAAAGAAGAAUAUGAUGGUUGCCAUAUUGCUAAUCAAGCAUUAGCUCGAACAAUAGCUGUCUGUGAUAAACCAUAUUUAAAUCGUUAUUAUACGGUUACAUUUCGUCCAUUUACACCGCAACCAGGUGGAUUAGAAUUUCAUCCCGGACAAGAUUAUUAUUUUAUUGCAUUAUCAGCAAAAAAUGGAGAUAUUUCUAAUCAUUGUCAUAAAUAUCAUAUGAAAGUUGUAUUCAAGGUGUGUUGUGGUAAUAAUCAACAACAACAACAACAACAACAAUCGACACAAUCAACAUCAAGUGCCGUUCAUCGACCAUCAUCAUCAUCAACAUCUAUUGUUUCUAAACCUGAACCAGUGAUCAACAAUAAUGGAAUUAAUGCUGCUUCAAAUACAAUCAUCAAUAAUUCGACUAUUGCUCCAGCCAUUAGCAGCAGUAUUAGCAGUACAUCAAUGCCACAACAAAGUUCAACAUUUUCAUUUGUUGAAUUUAUACCUGGACAUAAUAAUAAUCCAAAUAAUAUUGGUAUAGCUACCUAUAAAGGUGUUAUUAGUAAUGGUGUUGGAGGUAUUGGUCAACAAAAUUCAACAAUGUUUCCAAUGAUUGUUCGUCAUCCAAAACCAACACGUUCAUCAUCUGCAACAACGGCUUCACCAAUUUCAAUCAUUUCAUCAAUGUCGAAUCAUCAUCAUAACAAUCAUCAUAAUAAUAAUCAUCAUCAGAGCUCUUCACCAUAUAGCAAUAAUAAUAGUAAUAAUAAUCAUGAUAAUAAAAUUGGUCAUCGAUUUUAUGGUGAUCAACGUGGUGGUGGUGGUGGUGGCCGAUAUUCAAAUAUUCCACAACAUUAUCCGAGCUUGUUUUCAACUGAACGUCCAUCAUCACAUGGUUCACAAAUUAAUCCAGUUACAAAUCGUAUACCACAUGUACCAUAUCAUCCUUAUCAUCCUAGGCAAUUAACAUCAACAUUAAGGCCUGUACAUGUUGGUUGGCGUCCACAUCCAAUACCAAAUAAUCAUCAUCAAGAUCAUAAUCCACCAAUACGAUUAUCCGAUCAACGUAGUAUUGGUUAUAAAGGAAUUUAUCGACCAAAUGAUAAUAAUCGUGAAAAAAGUGAUGGAUUAAAUAGCCAUUCACAAUCAACAUUAUUAUUAAGGCAAUCAUCAACAAUAACAAUAUUGACAAUCAUUGUAUCGAUUAGUUUUUGGACAUCAUCAUCAUUAUUAUGAUAAUGUUGUUGACAACAUCCGAAUUUCGAAAAACUUCAGGAGUCAUCUAGCCAGCCGGCCAUACGGUACCGCCAAAUCUU